AUGCCGAAUAAUACGAGAUAUUAUUACGACGUGAUAAACAGCACGUGGUGGUAUUUUGAUACCCUCUCUGGGGGGUGGAGAGAAUGCGACCAAGACGUAGCAACAGAGGAGACAGCAGAAGAAGAGGUAACUGCAGAAAGUGCAAAAAAUGGUGAGGAAAAGACAAGCAAUAAAUACCAUGGUUACAAAAAUGUGGACAAGUGCAACGAACCAAAUUAUACGAAUCAUACCCAACAUGUUAUGAACGGAAACGUCGAAACAAAAAAGGGAAAAAGGUUACAAUACAGGCUCCAUAAUUAUGCAUAUACACCAAGAAAAACCUCAAAACCCAAUUCGGAAAGUUCUAACGGGGCUAGCAGUACAAAACACUACUCCUUUAGGAGCAACAUAAAACAACGUGAAGGUGAGAAUGUGCUAGAGCAUAAUGAUGAGACGUAUGACAACUCGUAUGAGGAUAACGGGCAUGGAAAAUACCCAAGUUGUGAUGCGGAAGGAAAUAGCUAUGAUGAAAGCGGUGGUCAUCACGAUGAAAGCGGUGAACACUACGAUGAAAGCGGUGGUCAUUACGAUGAAAGUGGUGGUCAUUACGGCGAGAACUGGGGGUAUUAUGACGAAUAUGGGGGCUACUAUGAUGAAUAUGGGGGGUACUACGAUGAGCAUGGUGGGUACUAUGAUAAAAACGGGUUAUAUUAUGAUGGAAGUGGCGAGUAUUAUGAUCACAGUGGUGUCUACAAGGGGGGAAAUGAGACGUAUUAUGAUGAGAACCAAUUUUGCUACCAGGAAAAUGGGGAUCUUUACGAUGGAAGUGAAGAACACGGUGAUGCAAGUGUCAAACAUGGCCAAGAAAGUGGAGAGCAUCACAAAGAUAAAUCUUUCCAUAAAGAUGAUAAUGAUAAACACUAUUACGAAGAUUGUAGCGAACAUGCAAAGGGGAUUACUCAUAAGGAAGAGGGAGGGGGAUGGUUUGAAAAAGGGGCAGGAAAAAAUGUCCAUAAUUACGAUGAUAAAGUAAACACCGAUUGUGCAAUAAGUAGAAGUUAUUUACACCAUGCAGGUAAAAUGAGCAAUUUGAGCAAGUCAAAUGAAAGCAGCAAAGCUGAUCACGGAGGGGGUAACAAAAGUGAUGGGCAUGGGAGCCACAAAAGUGACAUGAAAUUGGAGCAAAGGUACAACUCUUCAGACAAAGAAAGAACAAGUUACGACGAUUUAAUGAAAGACAUGACAGAAAAAAAAAAAAAAAAAAAAUCUUUCAACUCGAUGAGUUCAGGAGAUUCAGAAAACUCUGAUAAGCUAAGCGAGCGAAUUAACAGCUUAAUCAAUCAGUCCAGCAGUAAUUUGUCCAUACUUUGUAAAAAGAAUAGUUCGACCAUUUUGGAAAAGUUGCUAAGUCGCAGCUUCACCAAAUCUGACCAUUUUAAUUCCUUCCAUACUAUUGAAAAGGCAAGUGAAGAUGGAAAAGAUGAAAAUAAAGCAGCGAAUAGAUUGAUUAAGACAAAGACCAAAGUAAAUUUCGACGAAAUGUAUAGGGCUGAAAAUACUGGUAGUAAGGAACAGAUGGGUAUGGGUGGCGAGCUGAGCCAUGGGUUGGUCAACAACGCAGGGCACAACGCGGAACGUAGCGACAAGGAUAAUGACGUCGAAACGAACUAUGUGCCCUUCGUGAGGAGGGCGACUAGAAAACUCACUUUUAAAAAUCAGGGAGGACUAGCGGGGUGUCUAAAAGUCUUUCAAGAAAAGAAACAAGAGUUAAUGUCCUCCGCGGCCAGUGAUGUAAGCGACAUGGAAAUUAAAAUUGCCAACCUUAAAAGGAGGGCCAGGGAGCUGGCUCAAAGAUACAAAACCAAAAAUCAAACCACGGAGGAUCAAAUGAAAAGUGAUCAAAUUAAGACAAAAUUUGAAGAAUUAGUUUUUCUCGUACAGCAACAAAAGAAGCAAUCCCAUGAAAAGGGGAAAAACCUCAAAUGA